GUCAACUAAAGUUUAUAAUUCAUUUAUAUUUCUGUAAUGUAAAAAUAAUUAAAAAUAGUUAUUUAAUAUUGUUUUAUUGUAAAUACAUAAGUUAUUUAUUUUCUAAAACACACAUUCAGUUACUAACCUUCAAAAUGGUGCGGUUUAAAAACAGGUAUUUUACUAUUGAAGUUAUACCGAAGAAAGAGUCAAAGCCGUUAGUAUUAAAAACGUCAACAUUGCAAGCAGCGAUUCAGAAGGAAGUUCAAAAUACUUAUGGAGAAAAGGGAUUAUCCACUAUUAGCACUGGAUUUAAUGCUAAAUAUUGUAAUACACAUACAAAAAUAGCGUUGAUAAGAUGCCGGCAUGGACCACAUAAUUACUUAAUUAGCACUAUUCCUAAAGUAAUUGACAUUGGAGGUACAACAGUAUCUAUAAAAAUACUUUAUGUUGGUGCAACUAUGAAGAAAUGUUUUGCAUUUAUAAAAAAGUACCAGACAAAAAAAUUAGAAUCAAUGUGGGCGAGUUUGAAGAACGACAAUGAGAGAAAAAAAAUGAUUGACGCUUUAAUGACGCUGACUCCCGCGAUGAAAAACUUUCAAUAACGACGUAAAUUACUUAAUGAAAUAGUAAUUACCCAUAAAGUGAUGAAUAUUUCACGAGUAAUUAAAAAUAACGAUCAAUUAAUUCUUAUUGUUAAUUAAGAAAGACUAAUAACCGUGAUAACAAAUUCUUAUACAUAUUUUCACUCAUUUAAAUCUCACGAUAAAUCAAGCAUGCUAUUCACAACAAUAAAUUUUAUUGGUCUUUAUCUUGAAA